CGCGUGUAAGGCUCCAUAGCGUCGCCACUACUAGCGAGCUACGUCACCACGCUAACUGUCUGAAGUUCCCCGGUUAAAAUCCGAACAAGUAGAAGUCAGAGGGAUUAAUCCCGCUCGCGCGCAGAGAGCAGCCUGUUUCCUCUGGAUAUAGCAGAAUCACCACUUUUCAUACCCCACUUCCCAUUUUUGCCUUUUUCUGGUCUCUCUUGUAAAACUGUAAAUGUGGUGCUGCAAGUUAUAAGACGGAGUCAAUGCUUUGUAACAAAGCAGAGCCAGCUGACAAGAAACAAACAGAAAUACUAUGAGUACUGCCAAGCCCAGUGGGCUCAAAGCCCCCAGCAAGAUCAGCAGACCGACUGGGACUGGGAACGGGACCGGGGCCACCAAGACAUCGCCAUCAGUUGCUUCUAAAGCAGUUCCCGGUGACAAAGCUUCAUCUGAAAGCCCAGACACAUCUGAAGAGUUUAAAGUCGGUGAUCGUGUGUGGGUGAAUGGGAACAAGCCAGGCUACAUUCAGUUCCUGGGAGAGACCCAGUUUGCCCCGGGACAAUGGGCCGGCAUUGUGUUGGAUGAGCCCAUAGGAAAAAACGAUGGCUCAGUUGCAGGAGUGCGCUACUUUCAAUCUGAGCCUUUGAGGGGCAUUUUUACACGACCUUCCAAACUUUCUAGAACUGAGGGUGAAGCUAAUGGCACGACAACAGCACCUGCGUCUCCAACACCUCCCACGACUGCAGCACCGGUAGCACCUGCGGCCUCUCCGGCAUCUGCUCCAGCAACAGCUCCGGCAUCUGCUCCGGCAUCUGCUCCAGCAACAGCUCCAGCAACAGCUCCAGCAACAGCUCCAGCAGCUAGUGCAACAACCAAAAAAGCUACCAAGCCUGCCUCAAACCUGACUCGCUCUAAUUCCGAAUCAGUGUCCAACCUAUCAGAGGCAGGCUCAGUGAAGAAAGGAGAACGGGAGCUGAAGAUGGGCGACCGCGUCCUGGUUGGUGGUACGAAAGCUGGUGUAGUGCGCUUCUUGGGUGAAACAGAUUUUGCCAAAGGCGAGUGGUGUGGAGUCGAGCUGGAUGAGCCUUUAGGGAAGAACGAUGGUGCAGUAGCUGGAACCAGGUACUUCCAGUGUCAGCCCAAGUAUGGCCUUUUCGCUCCAGUGCACAAGGUGACGCGCAUCGGCUUCCCUUCCACUACUCCGGCUAAGGCAAAGGCCACAGCGCGCAAGGCGACUACACCAGCAGGUUUGAAACGCAGCCCGAGCUCCUCCUCGAUCAGCUCCAUGAGUUCCGUCGCCUCAUCUGUGAGCGGCAAGCCCAGCCGCACUGGUCUGCUGACCGAAACGUCAUCUCGGUACACACGAAAGAUUUCGGGCACCACUGCCCUGCAGGAGGCUCUGAAGGAGAAGCAGCAGCACAUUGAGCAACUCCUCGCCGAGCGUGACCUGGAGCGGGCGGAGGUUGCUAAAGCCACCAGCCAAGUAGGAGAAGUGGAGAUGGAGCUCUCCAUUCUCAGAGAAGGUCAAGAACAGUAUGUGACAGAGAUGGAGGCUAAAAUGGAUCAGCUACGUGUCCUGGUGGAGGCUGCAGACAGGGACAAAGUGGAGCUUUUGAAUCAGCUAGAGGAAGAGAGGAGAAGAGUGGAGGACCUUCAGUUUCGUGUGGAAGAAGCUUGUAUUACCAAAGGAGACUUGGAGACGCAGACCAGACGGGAGCAUGCCCUCCUUAAGGAACUCGAGCAAAGUCUGCUCUUUGAAAAGACCAAAGCUGAGAAACUCCAGAGGGAGUUAGAAGACUCUAGGGUUGCUACAGUCUCUGAGAAGUCUCGCAUCCUUGAACUGGAAAGGGACCUUGCUUUGAGAGACAAAGAAGUGGCUGCCCUACGGCAACACUUGGAGUCUGGCCCUGGACAAGCAACUGCUACUGGGGACCCAGCAGCUCCAGUCCUCCAGGAAGAGCUCAGUUUGCUUCGUACCCAACUGUCCUCCCAAGCUGCUAGCCAUGAAAUAGCACUAACUUCCCUGCAUACAAAGCUGGAAGCAGAAACAAAAGCACACUCUGAGGCUUUGGCUCAACUCCAGGCUACUUCGGCACGUUUGUCAAACGAUAACGAGCAGCUUCGUGCCCGAUUGGCCGAGGCAGAAAAGGAGAACGUAGAUGUCAUUGAGCUAUGGCGUGACAAGCUAGCUUCAGCCGUCACUUCUCAUCAGCAAGCCAUGGAGGAGCUUGAGGCCUCCUCAGGUAAAGGGACCGGAAACUCCCAGGCUGCCGAACUUAACUUGCGAGAAACUUUGGAAAGGCUAAAGUUGGAGCACAAAUUACAGCUAGAGGAAUGUCUAGCCAAACACACUGCUGAAGCUAAGAGGUGGGCACAAGAUGUGGAAGAUCUCCGAAAACAGCUGCAAGCCGUGACUGAAGAGAAGGAGGGUCUGGUGGAAUCUCUCCGCACUAACCUGGAGAGUGCGGAGGAUCAGCAUCUGGUCGAGUUGGAGGAAGCUUUGGGUAAACUGCACAAUGCUGAGAUUAGGGUGAAAGAGCUAGAAGAGGACAACUCUAAACUGCAACACCAGGUGGAGGAGAAAGCUCAGGAGGUCCAGGACCAAAACGCCGUCAUCCAGAAACUUCACUCUAACCAGAGCCAAGGUGACCAGGAGGUUCAAAAUCUGUUAGCUCGAGCUGAGGAAGCGGAGGACAAGGCUCGCGUGCAAGAAGGAAAGGUUACUGAGGUGACCUCCAUGCUGGACAGUAAGCAGAAGGAGCUGAAUGAACUGCAACAGAACCUGGCCUCACUGCAGCAAACUAAGAGCUCGUUGGAGCAAGAACUUUCUGACUUGAAACAAAAAUUUACAGCAUCCUUAGAUGAACAGGCAGCGUCGUCACAAACUGUCCAGAAGUUACAGGAGAUGCUCAGUAAAAAGGAGGAACAAUGCGCAUCUCUUUCCAGCGAGACCGAAAAGCUAAAGAUUCAGCUGUCUGGUUUGGAGGCAAAGUUGAAAUCGGGUGAAGAGAAGCUCGAGCAGCUAACCAAAGAUAAAGCUAAGCUGGAGGACAACAUCAGCGAGCUGAUAGAGUCGUCUGGGGAUAACUCGACUCAGCUCACCAAGAUGAACGAAGAUCUCACUCAGAAAGAGAGGAGACUUGAAGAGCUUCAGAAUCAGCUUUCUGAGCAGAAGGAGCUGCUUGCUCGGUCUGAGGAGAGCAGGAGUCAGGAGCAGACUCGAGCAAAGCAGGAGAUGAAGGACAGCAGCGUGAGACACCAGGAAGAAGUUUCCAACCUACAGGAGAAGAUCAAACAGCUGGAGAAGAAUGUUGAGGAGAAGGUCCAUGAAGCCCAGGUCUCUGGAGAGAAAGCACUUGCCAGUGCCUUACAGAACCAUGCGAAGGAGCUACAGGAGCUACAGGGUCAGGUCGAAACGGCACAAAAGCAGCUCUGCCUCUCUGAGGAGAAGUGCCAAAAACUUAAAGAAGAUGUAGACGAGUUGGUGCCCUUUAAAGAAAAGGCUCAGUCUCUCACUGCUGAAUUGGCUUGUUCCAUGCAAAGGGCUGAGAAGCUUGCUUCUGAGGUUGGUGAUCUAAUGCUGUUGUCUGAACGUCUGUCUAAGGAGAGGGAUGAUGCUCAUGCUCAGAGGGAAAAUGUGGAAAAGCAAAUUUUAGAAUAUCACACACAGAUCUCUAGUCUGGAGGAGGUUCAGAAGACUCUUACAUCGAUGAAUGAUGAGAUAAAAGCAUCAACUGAACAAUUGACAAAUGAAAUUGAGGAACUACGUUCCAACAAUCAGCAACUACAUGAAGAAAAGUCAUCUCUCACCAACGAGAAAGAGCAACUUUCCAAAGAUGUGCAGAAUUUAAUACUAAUCCAGGAAGAAAUGAAAGCUGAGAAUGCAAGCCUGAAAGAGACUAAAGCACAAAACAUUAUUCAAGUAGAAGAUCUUGAAAAGCAUAAAGCGGAGCAACAAGAAGUCAUACUGAAAUAUCAGCAGGAGCUUCAGGAUCAUGAGAGAAAUAGUGCAGAGCUAACCCAAAAACACACCAAGGCAUGUGAAGAUAGGGAUAAAUUUCAGGAGGAGCUUAGAUCCUGCCAGGAGGAGUUGAAGUCCUCUCGAUUGCUGAACGCGAAAAAUGAAGAGCUUCAAUCAAAGCUGCAGGCUGAGAAAGAGGAGCUCUCUGCUAAAAAUGCUAAGUUGCAGGCAGAAACCGAACUUCUCCGUAACACGAAUGAAAAGGUGGGAUCAGAUCUCAAAACCGCCAUUUCAGAUAAAGAGUCUCUUGCAGCCGAAAAAUCAGAGCUUCAAAAUCAACUCGAUACCAUGAAGACAACAGUGGAGCAGUUCAGCAGGGACAAUGCUGAACUCCAGGCCUCAAAGGACAGCUUUGCCAGAAUGCUUGAGGAAAUCAAGACUAGCAGGGAGGUCACAGAUUCUGAGAGGCUUUUACUCACGGAGGAGAAGGAAAAACUCCUUGAAAUCCAGAGGAAAAUGUCCUCUGAAAAACAGGAGCUGACUAAACAAAUAGAAGUGUUGGUUGAAAAGUUGCAUCUCAGUAAAGAAGAAGCCAAAGCUGCCAACGAGAAGAUUCAGCUCGAUGCUGCAGCUUUUGCUCAGGAGAAGCAAAUGAUUAAUGCGAAGCUCUCUGAGGCUGAGAAGAAUCUUCGAGCCCUUGAAGAAGAAAAAAUCAGCUUAAAAUCUGCUCUUGAAAAACAAAAUAAUGAGCAGCAGCAUUUGGAACAAGAACUGAGCAGCUUGAAGGAGAAGUAUGAAAAGGAGAUAUCAGAAAAGACUUCUGUGUUAGCAGAGAAAAAGCAAUCGGAAGCUGACUUAUUAAGGGAGAAGACCAGUCUGAAAUCAGAGCUGGAACAAAUGAAGCAGAUAAACGAGGAGAUAGUUUCAGAGAAGAUGAAACUGAGGCAAGAUAAUGAUGACUUGCAGACACUUUUGCAGAAAAAGAGCUCUGAUGUAGAAGCUCUAGAGAAGUCCAGUGUCAGCUUAACUGAACAAAACCAAACAUUACAGCUCAACUUGGAUAACAUGAAGGAAGAAUAUGCACAAAAUACUGCUGCUUUGGAAAAGGAGAAGAUUACCCUAAACAAUGUGAUAGAGGAGCUUAGGAAGACAAACAGUGAUCUUCUCCAGAAAGCUGAACAUCUCUCAGAUCAGAACCGAUCACUCUCUGAGGCCAAGAACACCUUGGAAGCUCAUCAGCAAGCUCUAGAAAUGGACAAGAAUGAAUUCUCUGUUGUUAAAGAAACCCUUUCUAAAAAAGUCGAGGAACUAUUGAAUAAGGUUAUCUUUUCUGAAAAAGAGAACGCCAGCCUUUUGGAGGUCAAGUCGAAGCUUGAUAGUGAAAUUGUGGCUAUCAGGAUGGAAAAAGAGAAGGCAGAAACGGAGCAACAAUUGCUUAGCACCAAAGUAGAUCACUUAUGGAACUCUUUAAAUGACAUGUGCUCGGCGAAAAUAAUUAAUUUGCCAAACCUUAACCAGACUUCAGGUUCCAGUUUUCAAAAAGUUGAAGAGAUAUUCAUUGCACUUCAAAAAUUCAGUGAAGAGAAAACCUCACUUGCCAAAGAAAUUGAGAUUUUAAAGACCCAACAGAAGAGGAGUGAUGAAGACAGAUCAGACAUGGCUGCUGCAAAAGAGGUUCUCGCUUCCAAAGUUGCUGAACUGGAGAACACUAACACAUGCCUUGUAAAUGAGAAGACUGACUUCCUGGAGUCCCGCACAUCUCUGGAACAGGAACUGCUGUCUCUUCGUCAGUGCCUGGAAACUGGUGACAAGAAGUGCUCUGAAUAUCAGAUUAAAAUGGAAGAACUGAAGAAAUCGCAGGUCGAGUUGGAGGAAAAGUUACAAAGCCUUCAUAACGACAAGGUUAAGCUGGAGGAGCAACAGCAAGCUACGGAAAAGCAGGUGACUCUUUUGACCAAAGACAAGGAUGAGAUGCUCUCUAGGCUGGCUGUGGUGCAAGCUGAGAGGGACGGUCUGCAGGCGGAAAAGGAGGAGGCCAACGUUAUGGUGACUCGGCUCGAGGCAAAAAACAAAAGUACUCUUGCAAAGCAGCUUGAGGCUGCCGAGAGUGCUGGGCAUACAGCACAGGCCCUGGAAAAACUUAGCCAGGAAAAGCUUGCUUUGCAAAAGGAAAAACUAGCAGCAGAGGCUCUUGUCCAGGAGUUUAAAAAUGCCAAAGAAGACAUGCAGAGUCAGCUGGACAGUCUGUCAAAACAAAACGCACAAUACCAACAGGAGCUGACCAAAUCCAAAGAGGAGCUGAGCUCCGAGAAGGAGAGGGUCAGCAGUCUUUGCACAGAAAUUGAGGAGCUGAAAAAAUCGACAUCUGAAAAUGGCCAGGCUUUGGAAGCUUUGAAACAGGAAAAGGCCAAUCUGUCUGAAGAGCUGUCCAGCAGCCAGAAGGACAAAGACAGCCAGAAAAAACUCAAGGAGCAGUUGGCACGCCUUAGUAGUCAGGUGAAGGACAUGGAAAAGAGGGAGCUCGCCCUGAAGAACGAAUCAGACAUGGAGAAAUCUGCUUUACAACAAUCUAUCCAGAAAAACAGUGCCUUGAUCUUAGAGAAGAACAGAGAAUUGGAAACGCUGAAGAAGGAGGUAUCAGUGCUGCGUAGUACGAGUGCCACUGCAAACACUCUCCAGAGCUCUGUGAAAUCUCUGGAGAGUGAUAAAGCUCAGCUGCAGGAGCGAGUGCGCAGUCUGGAGAAGAGCUUAACAGCAGCUCAGGCUUCCAGUCCUGUAGUUCAAGCAUCCAGUCCUGCAGUUCAGGCCUCCAGUCCUGCAGACAUCCCCACAGCAGGGUCUUCUGCUCUGGAUGAGAUGAGAGAGGCAAUGGAAACAGCCGAGAGUCAGGUUGAAUUCUUGAACUCUGUCAUCGCGGAACUGCAGCGCAAGAACGUGGACCUGAAAUUGAAGCUGGAGAAGAUGGCAGAGGCAGCACUUAAUGGGAACACAGCCAGUGAGAUGGACAACCAUGAAAGCUUGUCCGAGUCUAAAGCCAAAAAGAAACCACCACCGCGGCUCUUCUGCGAUAUCUGUGACUGUUUUGAUCUCCAUGACACUGAGGACUGUCCCACACAGGAGCAGCUGCCCGAUUCUCCUCCUCAUACUACCUACCACGGCAGUGCGAGUGAAGAGAGGCCGUACUGCGACAUCUGUGAGGUGUUUGGCCACUGGACCGAUUCGUGCAACGAUGACCAGACCUUCUAAGCUUGCAAUACACUUUUUGCAAUACCGCACACGCCUUCAACAACACAACAAGUGUGGAAAUGUCCAUCUGUAGUGUGUGUGUGUGUGUGUGUGUGUGUGUGCGUCUGUGUGCGCAUGUGUGCAUUCACUCAGUUGCCAUGCCACUUACACUCAGUCCUCCGGUUUAAAAAGACAAACAAACAAACAAAAAGAAACCAAUUGUGCAUCUUGUAUUUAAUUGCUUUAAGUUGUAUUCAUUUAUGAAAAAAAUAUUGAAUUCUUAAAGAGACUGUUAAAAGAAAGAUUUUCAUCUUGUUUUUUUUUUAAAUCUGUGUGUUGAUUUUGUAAUGUGGGUGAUGGAGAAUCUUAGCUUACAGUCACCAUUAAUUUUCGGACCUGUUCCAAUCACCGCAGCAUCGUUGUCCUGAGUGUUUGAAAGGAAAGGGCGCUACAAUGCUAAUGCACUUUACUCCAACAUCCUCUUCCCUGAUUUUCAGCUUGAUGAAGAACAAGAUGGUUUCGUAAACAGAAUGUACUUCAAGGUUAUAUUGAUGCUGUUACUUUUUAGUGUUUUUUGGGAAUAUUAUACAUCUGUACAAAAGGAAAUAAAUAUUGUUUAAAUCCU